CAUGCAUCGCGUAGGCGAUGGGAAUCGCUCGCAGAGUCAAUAGGGAUACGAACCCAUCUCAAAGUCGUAGGCAUGAACAGUAUUCACGUGAGCGCGUCAUAAGUGCAAUCUCGAAAUUGGACUGGUUGCGCUCGUACUUGAUACAUGGAGAUAACCACCGCGACGUCGACGUUCACCGUGUUAUCCGGAUUCACGCUCGUGCGCGUGACGACCGUGGUGGACCCCACCCAAUCAGGGCCCAGGGCCUUCUCGCGCGCGACUUUGAGCACCUCCGACUCGCUCCCGCCGUGCCCCGCCAGCCUCCCCACACUGUCCGACACCAUCUUGCGCACGGACCCGCGGUGGAGCAGCCCCGAGCCCGGGAGCUUCGGGAGCUUCGAGAGGCCGAGGCGCGACGCGGCCGCGCCGGCGAGCGUCUCCUCCUUCAGGUAGUCGUCGAUGUCGUCCGUGUCCUUCAGCCCGUGCUUGAGCGCCCAGCCGCGCAGCUGCGCGCGGAAGCCGCCGUUGGGAUGCGCGAUGCUACGGCGGUCUUUGGUGAAGGCGAUGGCCUCGUCGGCGGUCAGGCCCUUGGCGGCGAUGAGGUACGCGCACACGACGGAAAUGCUCCGGCUCAGGCCGCCCAGACAGUGAACCUGCAUGAACAUCAGUCUACAACGGGGGGAGGAAGAGAAACAGCCGAACAUACCAGCACCUUCCCGCCCUCCUUCGCGAGCGCGUCCUGAAUAAACGCCGUCGUUUUCACGAAGUGCUCCGAGAUAUCCGCGAUGGGCAGGUCCACGAUGCACACGUGUAGGUGCCCGAUCUUGCUGCUGACGAUCGGCGGGAUCUCGCACACGCUGACGACGUGCGUGAUGCCCAUGGCGGCCAGGGCGUCCCAGUUCUGUGCGACGAACCAGUCCGCGACGAAGACUUGCGGUGUGAUCUCGCUCGUCACGACCGUACCCAUGCUCGCAUGCAGGGCAGUCAGGGGGUUCGACUUCAGCAGGGCCGUCGGGGAUGGGAUGGCGGAGGAGGAGCGGGACAACAUCAUGCUGGAGGACCCGGGGUCACAAUUGGCAAGUUGUCUCCUGGCGGCAGCCUUUGGGAGAUUUUAUUGGCAUGCCAGAAUUUUUCCUGUCGCAGACGGGUCCGAGGAGGAGUUUACAUGCUUGCUGCCACACUACUAUUCAAUCUCUGGAGGUUGGGUGUGAAGAGUCUGACAAGCGAGGCUGUGCAGUCCAGGCUGAUCUGCGAUUCAACUUGAGCAGCGCCCUCUCUCUCUCCCAUCUGUGAUGCAGUGUCGAAUUGAACUGGAAAGCAAACGCACUCAUCUGUUCUUGGAAUCUAUAUUUCUUGUAUGGAACUCGCCAGCUCAAGCCAGAGUAUGGAUUACCUGCUGGAGGCAACGGACAAUAAUCAGUGUUAUCAUCAUGCAUCCUGUCCGGAAGACCGCCAGUACGCUAAACCAGUGCUUUUCUGCGAAGAUUUUUUGGCGACCAUGACUGUUCCUGGCUGCUCUGCUGGUGCAGGAAUCAUUCCAGCUAUCAACUCUCGUGCUCGUCUGACUGCCGAACCGUCUCUUUUAACGGCUGUCCCUCAUCCCAUGUCGCGCUGCAGGCACCACACGCCAACUUACCAGCUUCAAUGGUCGGCCUCAAGAUUCCCGGCGUCCGCGCUCUCGACCACUUCAUCAAGAAGGGCGUGCUGCCGCAGGAUCCUGUCGAGGUGAAGCUGUCCGCCGAAGACGAGAUCGCACCCAUCGACAUCGUUGGGAAGCCUACUGCGACGCAGGCUCAGUACGACGACCUGGUGCACUACUUCAAAUACGCCUCCACGGCCUACGCCAUCAUUCUGCCUGGGCCGUCCUUGAUCCCAGUGCGUCCUAAUGGACAGAAGCUCUGUGCGAAGAUGUACCACAUGCUGACGGACACACACGGAUAUGUCGCGCGGGACGACACGCGCAAGGAGAUCGUCGUCGCAUUUCGUGGCUCUGUGACACCGAUGAAUUUCGUGACGGAUGCGAUGGGAUUGAUGGUCGACUGGGACGCCAGCCAUGUCAUUGCUCCAGCUGAUACCAAGGUCCACAUGGGUUUUCAGAAAGCAUGGCGGACGGUAUCAGACAAAACGUUGGCAGCGGUGACGCUCGAGCUCGCUGCGAAUCCCGGCUACUCGAUCGUCGUCACCGGCCACUCGCUUGGCGGCGCUUUGGCCUCGAUUGCGGGAGUUACAUUGCAGAUGACCUUCCCCACUGCGGAAGUGAGAUAUUACACCUACGGACAGCCGCGGGUGGGAAACGAGGCAUUCGCCAACUGGAUACACACCCUCAUCGGACCACACAGGUUGUUCCGCGUCGUGCACGCCAGCGACGGUGUGCCCACGAUGGCUCCGAGGACCAUCGGCUUUGCGCACCACGGCACGGAGUACUGGUGCCAUUCCCCGCAUUCGCCCGCCCAGACGAGGAUAUGCAAUGCCGCUGGGCUUGCCGAGGAUCCUGCGGGCUCGAUGAAGGGCAUAAGCACCGGGAUCAACCCUGCACACUUGAUGUAUUUUGGUAUCUUCUACAUGACACCCUAUUUGUUUUGAAUCUCUCACUAUGUGUACAUCUUGUCUCUAUUAGUAAUCCAUACAGUCGAACCAAGGUUCUUGGCUAGCGCUUAGAGCCAUACUCCUCCUCCAACACCUGCUGCAAGCGCUCGCAC